CAACAGAGCUGGAGUAACAAGUGCCUUUCACAGUCAGUGGUUAAAUACGAACUUAACCACAGACCUUCUAUGAUGUACUGUCAAAUCAGUAAUAAGAUGACUCCAGUUCUGAGAUCAUGGACCAGUUUACUGCUGAUGCUACCAGUUGCACUAGCUGAAUCCACAAAGCCAGCCAGCACAACCACAGUUGUGUUACUUUUUCUGCUUUUAAUUGUGAUUUGCAUCGCCCUUGUCCUUGCCUGGAAAAAACUUGUCCACACUGAAGGUGGGGAGGCGUACCAUCCAUGGGAGCUGUGGCAGAGAGCACAGGAGAGGGUGCAGAGUGUGAAGAACAGAUGGAACCAUGAAGAUGAAGAGGAGAGUUUCGGAGAAGAUGAAGAAGAUGAAGAGGAAGUGGUUGAUCUCCAGGGGGAAGAACCAAAUAUCACAGCUUUGUGA